AUGAGAAGCAUAAUACGCUUGAGGCGUUGUCAUUCCACUUACUCGGGAACCCUACAUCUCCCAAAGACAAACUUCAGCCCCAAGAUUCCAUCGGGCGAAGAUGCUGCCAAAAUUGACAAACUUGCUACCUCAAAUCUCUACAAAUGGCAGAAAUCAAGAUCUACUUCCAAGUUUAUUUUACAUGACGGGCCCCCCUAUGCCAAUGGUGACUUGCACUUGGGCCAUGCACUCAAUAAGGUUCUUAAGGAUAUGAUGAACCGGUACGAAAUGCUCUAUAACAACAAGUCCAUCGACUAUGUUCCUGGAUGGGAUUGUCAUGGAUUGCCCAUUGAAUUAAAGGUCACCAAGCCAGGGUUAGACCCUGUUGAAAUUAGACAAAAAAGUCGAGACUUGGCCAACAAGAUGAUCCUCAAACAAAUGGAGCAGUUCAAGAAAUUCAGUAUCAUGACAGACUGGUCCACCAUAUACAAAACCAUGGACCAUGAGUACGAGGUAAACCAGUUGAAGCUUUUCAAGACAUUGAUAAAAAAUAAGCUUCUCAGCCGGCAAAUGAAGCCAGUUUGGUACGGAUGUGACACUAAGACGGCAUUGGCCGAGGCGGAAUUGGAGUACAGGAAACACAAGUCCAUUGCUGUGUAUGUGAAGUUCAAGUUGGUCGAUGACCCAACCACGAGUCUAUUGAUUUGGACUUCGACCCCAUGGACGUUAUUGGGAAAUAAGGCCAUUUGUAUCAAUGAAAAUCUCAACUACAUCAAGUUAAGCAACGAGUCGGAGAGUUUAAUUGUCCAAGAAGACAUGGUACAAUCCGUGCAAGCUCUCAACCUUUCAUUUUCUCAUGUCGAGCUGGUUGCAACCAACGAUUUGCUCAAAUUGAAAUACUUGAACCUUUACAAUGAACAUUGCCCUGUUCUUCACGGAGACCACGUCAACAACGCUUCAGGGACUGGUUUGGUGCAUACUGCCCCAGGUCAUGGGAUGGAAGAUUAUUUGAUUGGGUUGAAACACAACUUGACAAUCGACUCGAUUGUAGACGAUGAAGGAAGGUUGGUUGAUCCAGGAUACCCCAAUGAUCUCCCUGUUAAUAGAGUGGAAACCAUCAAAAAGUGCAUCAAAAUCUAUAAGGAUUUGGGAAUACUUUACCAUGUUGACUACAACUUUGUUCACAAUUAUCCCUAUGAUUGGAGAUCCAAAAGCCCUGUUAUUCAAAGAGCUACCCCUCAAUGGUUUAUUAGUGUCGAUAAGAUCAGGGAUAACACCUUAGAGGCUUUGAGCAAGGUUGACUUUGUCCCAGAAAUUGGUGUCAACAGAUUGAAAGCCUUUAUCUCCAACAGGACUGAAUGGUGUAUUUCCAGGCAAAGAGCAUGGGGUGUUCCAUUGCCAAUUGUAUACUAUAAAGGAGAACCACUAUACGAAGUGGUAGAUCAUGUGGUUGAAAAGUUCGACGAGUUUGGUACCGACGAAUGGUUCGGUAAUGAUGAUGUGCUCAAGUGGUUGCCUUCCAAUUAUGUUGAAGAAAACAGCUUAGAUGUAAAACAUUUGGUGCAGAGCAAAGAUACCAUGGAUGUUUGGUUUGACUCAGGAACUAGCUGGUCCAUUUUGAACGGACAAAUUGCUGACGUUUACGUCGAAGGCUCUGAUCAACAUAGAGGAUGGUUUCAAAGUUCUAUCUUGAACAAAAUCAUCUCGACCGGAGAAAACUCCGAGUUCCAAAGUGUCAGUCCGUAUAAAAAGAUUGUCACCCAUGGAUUUAUUUUGGACAAGAAUAACGACAAAAUGUCAAAGUCUCUUGGGAACAUUAUAGCACCAAGCGAUUUAAUUGACGGGAAUAUGAAAACCGGUGUACCAAGAUUGGGAAUUGAUGGUUUGAGAUUGUGGAUCGCAUCUUCCAACUACGUGAACGACAUCUCUAUCAGUAAUGAGAUCUUGAAGAGAGUUUUGGAUAACUUGAAGAAAUUCAGAGUGACAUUCAAGUUCAUGUUAGGUAACUUGAACGACUCUGAAAAUAUCCUGGCUAAUUAUGAUACUUUGAGCGACCUUGACAAGUUUAUCUUAUCGAAUUUGAAGAAAUUACAACAAAACUGUGAAACUAACUUUAAGGAAUACAACUUUCAAAAGGCCUUGAAAGAUGUAAACAACCACAUGAACAACGAUUUGUCUUCUUUCUACUUUGAUAUAUCCAAGGACUGUUUGUACACCGACUCAAUCGAUUCCAUCAAGAGACAAAACAUCCAAUUUGUACUUAAACAGGUUUUGAAAACUUAUACUGGGAUACUAUCUCCCAUGUUGCCCAAUUUGACUCAGGAAUUAUGGACCAAUAGUAGAACUAUCUUGAAACAAACGGAGAUUUCACCAUUCAUGCUUCCUUAUGACUAUUACAAAUUACCAGAAACAUAUAACGAUCCCCAAAUCGAUUCUCAAUUCCACAAUUUGAUGCAAUUGAGAGAGAGUUUAUUCAGCAGAUUAGAAGCUUUAAGAAAAGAAGGUAAGUUCAAAAAGUCAUUGGAAUUGAACUUAUACAUCCAAACCAAUGAUGAUUUCAUCAAAAAGAAUUCAGGUCUUCUCGAUGAUUUCUUCUUGGUUUCGAAGGUAGCUAUCAACAACCUGAUUCCACAAGAUCCCUUGGAUCAUUUUGAACAGGACACCAAUAAGAUCUUCAUAACACUUGCAGAUGAACACAAAUGUCCCAGAUGUUGGAAAUUCACUGCCACAGUUGAGGACGAGUUAUGCCAUAAAUGUGCCAGCGUUGUCAAUCCCCUGUAAAUAGAGAAUAGAACUAUAGUUAGAACAACUCUAACACAUCAAACAUCGAACUACACACAAAAUACUAACAAUACUACUUAUCUUUUGCCAGUCAUCAAUUGAUUUAACAACUGGGAGCUGGAAGAAUUGUUAACUAACCCAGGAGGAGCACCAGCCAGACCAACUCCAAUGGGUUGAGGAAUUGGACCGUUUUGUGAUUGACCCUGCAGUCCUUGUGGAGGUGCCAGUUGGGGAAUCUUUUGAGAAGUGAUCUGUUGUUGGGGAACCUGUUGAGAAUGAGGAGCCUGUUGGUUUUGAAGUUGUUGCAACAAUAGCAAUUGCUGUUGUUGCUGUUGGGCACUAGCACCUGGGUCCACGUUCAACUUUUGCUGUUGUUGCUGUUGUUGUAACAAGAUUUGUUGUUGAAUUAUAGGGUGGUUUUGGUAAGCCAAAUGGUAGUUCUUAAUGGGUCUCAACAAAUAGGUUUCUAUGAUUCUCUUGGAAGAUGACUUUUCUUGACCAUUAUCCACCUUGCUCAAAUCUUUUGGAAGAUCCUUGUUAAAAUGGAACAAUGGCAAGAACGUGCCGGUGCUCUCAGUGAAAUUUUCGAACUCUUCGUUGAACUUAACUACAAGCUUCUCUCCCUUGUGAGUCAAAUUCUUCAAAUUGGUGGUAAUCUCGUCCAACACCUGCAAAGGAGCAUAGGCUUCAUCACUAUCACUAUCAUCAGCUGCAUCCUUCUUCUUUUUCUUUGAAGGCUUGGUUGGAGUUGUGGUUUGCUUUUGCUCUUUAAAUAUCUCUCCCAAAGUAGGGAAUGCCGAAGGGUUUGCCAACGCAGCAUUGUUAUCAACAGCUGGAGAUGAGGUGUUGGAGUUAGCUUUGGCCCAGUGAGCGGUUGCAGGUAACACGGCUGGCUCCUUUGCCUCUUCCUUAGGCUCUUCUUCUUCGUUCAGCUGGGAAGGUGCUACUCCCGUACUGGUGUCUUGAGAUUCAAGAUUUGAUGAGCUUGAAACUCUAUUCAUAGUGCCCAUUUUUAUACCCUGUUGUGUAGACAAGUCUUUUCUAGUAUAAGAAUCGGCUUCUUCACCAGGCUCAUGUAAAAACAUGCAGUUGGGGUUUUGGCAUGGGUGACCUCUCAAGUAACUGGAACAAUACUUGGUAGUACCAUGAGCAGCUCUCAAGAUCUUUCCAUCCAACAAAGAUCCAUCCAUAUCAUUGAUACACCUCAAGGCAUCUUCCUUCUUCGCGAAUGUUACAUACACAACGAGACCGGGGUUUUGAUGGUGGUGCACCGCUCCUGGAGCGUUUGGAGGUGCCUUUUUGUUGAUGACAAUCUUCAGGAUCUUCCCGUAUCUACCAAAGUAUCUGUCGGACCUCAACACCGAAUGCAAGUCUUCUGGAUUACAGGGAGGAUUUAAACCAGUGACAUAGACCAAAUUCUUUUGAACCACUCUGAUUCCUGCCAAGUGUUUCUUGCUGGCCAACUCACUCUCCUUCUUUUCCUUUUCUUUUUGCUUCUUAUCACGUUCUCUUCUAUCACGCUUCAUCUGUUGCAUUUUGAACUCUUCAGCUGAAACGGAUUUGUACUCGACAGUCGAAUCUUCGUAAAGUCUCCUACAACCAGGGCAUCUUCCAUUUAACUCAGGAAUCUGCUUGAUAUUGUUGUAACAAAACUGGCAAAUCUGGUAUCCGCAUGGACAUGGUUUGAAGUUCUUGUCGCUGAUGUCCAUCUCCUCCACACAUAAGGGACAGAACUCUUCUUCUUCAUCGCUGAUGAAUGAAUCGUCGAUUGAUGACAUAUUGUGUACUGGGGUGAUUUUGAAUUGGGAUUCAC